CGGGAGAGAAAGGAAAGGCGCGGCUCCGCAGCCGAGUCGUCAUCCACAACCGAGACAAUCGGCACAGCUUUUCGCCGAGACAUGUUUGAAGGUCUAGUUCGGCAGCUGCUGUUGGGGUACCUUGGCCGAUAUAUUCGCGAUAUUCAAAAGGAGCAGCUCAAGAUCACUCUAUGGAACGAAGAGGUAUUAUUGGAAAAUGUUGAGCUGAUUCUUGAAGCUUUUGACUACCUCCAACUCCCAUUUGCUUUAAAAGAAGGUCAUGUUGGGAAGUUGAGUAUUAGGAUUCCGUGGAAAAAACUAGGAUGGGAUCCUAUUAUUAUCAUUUUAGAGGAUGUAUUGAUAUGUGCCUCCCAACGAGAUGAACAAGAGUGGAGCAUGGAUGCCGUUAGAAGAAGAGAAUUUGCAGGCAAAAAGGCCAAACUUGCCACAGCUGAACUUGGAAAGCUAUCUAGACGUGUUUGUGGAAGGGAGGGAGUAAUAUGUUCCCUUUACCUGAUCCAUCACGGCCCACAAGUAGAGGUAAGAUCUGUUUACAUCCUAAUGAUAUAUAUCCGGGAGCAUGCCCAAAGACUCUCCGUAGCCCGCCAAGGGAAAGACAGAUCAGGGGAAUAAAGCCCAAGUGUGGUGACAUUAAUUGGGUUGAAACUUCUCCAUUUUCCUGUCUUAGAACCCAACCCAACACCAUGGUUGUCCUACACCCACCCUAGGCUGAGCCCACACUCUCCAUACCUUCCCUAAACAUCCAAAAUAUUUCCUUUUCAAAAUAAAGUUUUCCUACUCCUAUUUUAGGCCCUGGCCGAAAAUAAGAGUGUGUAAACCACAACCUUUGUUUGUUGUUAUUUUCUUUCUUUUAAACCUUUUAAUAAACAAAUAAAACCUUCUAUCCUUUUCUAUAAAUCCCAGGCCAAAUAUCCCUCAUUAUCCCAACACAACAUCAACCAAGAUAUUCCCAUUCUUAUCCCCUUUAUGUUCCCUACUAGGGCUGAAUAAACAACCACAAAAAGCCAAGGGACAUUUGAGUUGUUGUUGAUACACCACCUACUAAAUCAGUCACCUCAUAUGACCAAGAAUAUAAGGCCAAUACACCAUCCAUCACCCAUCUUUGUUUGUCCCCUCUUUUUAGCCAGAAUAUCCACCACAAUCAUCAAAGGAUUUCAUUCAUUCUUUGUGAUUUUUGCCUCC